UCACGCUGUCUUGUGUUUGGUUUUUAAAACAACGUAAGUUAAAAGUUGUUUUUCUUAGUUUUCUGAAGCUGUAUUUCCAUAAAACUAUAAAAAAUGGCGGAGCAAGUCAAUCAACGUAUUGAGGAUAUGAUAAAUGAGCUGGAGCAGAUGCGAAGGACAGGCUUAUAUGACGAAGACGAAAUAAGAGAAAUAUCGCGUAAACGCAAGGAAUUUGAAUAUCGAAUACAACGCAGAGUUAAAGAGAAAGAUGAUUACGUGCACUACAUAGCUUACGAACUCGCUUUGAUUGAAGACAUCGCAAUCCGUAGGAAGAAGACUAAACUGAAUGAGAAAAAGAAGGACUUGGAAUACGCCAUAGCGAAGCGCGUGAAUAAAGUAUUCAAGCAGUUUAUUUACAGAUUCCAGAAUGAUUUGGAAAUAUAUUUUCAGUAUAUUAAAUUUUGUAGGAGUGUGGGAUUUGAUUAUGCUGUGUCGGCUAUUAUUGGACAGAUGCUGCAGAUGCAUGGUGACAAGCCCAAGAUGUGGCAGAUGGCAGCACUGUGGGAAAGUGAGGAGCAAAAUAAUCUGGACAAUGCCAAGAACUUCCUUCUGAAGGGCAUACACAGACACCCGCAGGCUUGUGAGCUUUAUUUGGAUCUCUUCAAGAUUGAGGUUACUCUGGCCUUGAAAGCUGAGAAUGAGGAAGAGAAGGAAAAACAAAUCAAAAGGGCAGAUGUUAUAUGGAGAAAUGGUGCCAAGAGUAUUGGGGAUGUCAGUUACCUGUUCAAGCUCUGUGACUUGUCUCUGAAAUUCCAAGACACUGAGAGUAUAACCGAAGAAAUCAAAAGAGAGAUUUGGAGCCAAAAUGAUAAGAAGGAAGUCUGGCCUUACAUUGCAUCUAAAGAGUUAGAAGGUUGCCACUGGGAGGAGAUAGACGAAUUUGUAGAUGAAAACUCAAAAUUCCCCAUAAAUCUUCUAAGGUGUAUAAGUGUAUAUGAGGAAGCCCUACAAAGGUUUCCAGAUGAAAAAUUAUGCAGUAAAUUUAUCCAUGAACUUCUUGGUCUAAAUGAAAAUGUAUGUUCCGAAAAUCAAAAGGUUACUGCUAUCAAAGACGCUUGGAUGUUUGGCCAUGAGAAUGGACUCCUCUCUGAUGAUAUGUAUGCUUUUGGUAUAGAGUUGUUGAAAUUGGAAGAUUCGCUGAAUAGUGCUGAGUUGGGACAGAUAUUGGAUGCAGCAACCAUGAGGAAUCCUCGAUCGAAGAGUGUUUGGAAAGAAAAGAUUCUUCUUAGCAAACAGAAUGAAAACAAACUGUUGUCUAUUCUAAAGGAUGCUACUAAAGUAUUGGAACAAGAUGAUGCCAUUUGUCUAUGGAAUACUGCAUUGGACAUUAUUGAGAAGAAAGAAACUCUUAUGGCUUUACACAAGAAAUUCCAGAAUUGUGAAAUGGCAGUCCUCUUAGCAAUCAAGCCAAAAUUGCUGCAAAAAAUGUAUGAUCAUAAUGGAUUAAAGGCAGCCAGGGAGUUAUAUGAUGAGCUGAUCAAAACUCCACCUCUUCAAAAAGAUGUCCAGUAUGUUAUGAUUGAAAUAGAGAAAUCCCAAGAUAAUCCAAGUGCUAAAGUAAUAAGAAAGUACUAUGAAUAUUUAGUUCACCACCAUGGACAAGAUAAUGUUGAUGUUUGGAUGGAUUACAUCAGCUUUGAAUCAACUCUUGGCAGUGCUCAAUUCUCUCCAGCUAUCUACAGAAGAGCUGUUGCAACAUUGAAAAAGGAAUUAGUAGAUGAAUUCAUUAAAGCUCAAACUUUAGCUAAAAUAAAAUAACUCCAAUCAG